AGGAUAUGUGGGAAGAAAAGGAGCUCACUUUUUUCAUCCAUUGUUGAAUCAAGACAAAGGUUGGUGACUAAAUGCAUAGGUGGUCAUUUACUGAGGUGAUCGUAAGGCAGAGUGCCACCUUAUUAUUGUCAUUGUCAAUAUGAAAUUGCUGAUUUCAUCAUUGCUGUGCAGGCCUUCCACUUAUUCUUUGUGACAUUUUUAUUAGUUUCUUGCUGGUCGUUUGACACCUUAAUGUUGUUUGGUGUCAAUUUGCAGUACCCUGUCCCCUGAAGCCGGAAGUGACAGUGAAAGCAGUGACAGUGACGAUGAUUUAGAGUCACCUGGACAUAAAGUUCCCAGUGUUGGAUUUGAAGGCAGCAGCCCACAGGGAUCACCAGUUAAACAAGCACCUGCCUCUACCGCUGCUUCAGAUAGCAAAAUGGAAGUUGAUCCCUCUGAUGGUGUGUUAUGAAAACGUUUAUGUUACCAUCACACACUCCCAAAUGGCCCAAAUCAUUCAACAUAAAUCAUAUUCUUUUUUAUUCUUUACUACAGUUCGAUUAAAGUUCCCCUCCAGAUUACACACAAUGCCUAACUCAUCCUUAGCAGCCACCAUAUUUCUCAGCCUGUGAAUACAGCCACCUAUUAUCACUUCUUGUCUUUAGGGAUGUUGUGUGAGGGAGAUGUCAGCGUUUUGGUCUCAAAAACCCAUACUGAUGAUGUAAAACUUUCCAGAAUCUGGUCAGGAGCUCUGAUUGGUCGACUAAGUAGUCUUAUACUCUUUCAUCUAUUGUUUAGAAGUGACAGACCAAAGGCAAAAGGCCACAAACAUCAAUUGUUCAAGGCUCCAAAUUAAUCAAAAAUACUCAUUUCCUAUAGUGUGUCGCUUGGCACUUGGUUUACCCUAUUCUCUGUGGAAUUUUCUCCACAUGUUUUACCAUUAUUAUCCUUUCCAGCAUGGUCAAUGGCAUUUGGACCAGGUGAAGUAGCCGUUGAUGAAGCAGUUUCCAUGGAUGCUUCCGAUGUAGGCUGGGGAGAUACACCAACAACAACAGCAGACACUGGCUGGGCCACAUUUGACAGUUUUACAGACAUUCGAAUGGCUCCAAGCAGGUGUGAACUCAAUAUGACUAUUAGUCACGUGCAACCUUGCCUUUUCGUAAAAUAUCUUGCCAAAUAAACUGCAUCCACUUGUUUUCCACUGCUUUCACACUCUAGAACCCAACCCAAAUAAACUUCAAGCACUGAUAGCAUUGUGGGUGCUGUAUUACAAAUAAUAAAGAGAAGCUGUUGACCUUCAACACAAUUCAGUUCAUCUCUGGCAGGGUUGUCACUAAGAUUUCAAGUUGCUGGGUAAAUACAACAAAUAGGCGGGGAAUCAAACAGCUAGGGAUUUCUUUUGGUUCUACUUUUCUUCUAUUUUCCAAUAAAAGUAACCGGGGGCCACUCUCUUAGUAGCCGGGGAAAAUCCCUGGCCGCCGGCUCUUAAUGACAACCCUGCUCUGGUGAUUGUGUCCUUAAUUCUCAUAACUUUCCUGUUCGAUUAAGCUGCUGGUUACAGGGAGAAAUCAGAUGCUAAUAAUUCUGUGGCAAUAUAGGUUUAAACAUGGUUGUGGUGAAUUGUAGUGACUUGAGCUUCCAGAGCCAGCUCGCAGGCUUAGCUAUGUUAUUUUGUUUUAAAUAACUUUAAGCUAGCCUGUGACUCCUCAGUGUUGUACCCUCCCCAUCUGUACUCAGUAUACUCCACUGUGGUCCUGUUUACUUGCUGUUUGAACCUUGAACGUGGUUGACUUUUGUUGUUUUCAGUGAAUCAUCGGAAGAUGCAGGCGAUUCUCCUGUAGCCAUGGAAACAGAGACACCACAAGUUAUUGCACAGGCAGGAGCAGCGUACAGUAAGUUAACUGUCGUCAUAGAUAUUAAUACCUCAACUCAUUGAUGUACUUGUGUUACAAUACUCAAAAUAUGAGUGAACAAAAACGUAUAAUCACCGUUUCGUCAUUGAGAGAUUUGUGUGCUGGUUUCUUUUUUGGUAUGUGAUCUUGUCAGUCUAGAGAAAAUGUCAUGAGCGCUCAUUAGAGUAAUGGGCUUGUUUUUCCUUGAACAAGUCGCAUGGAAAGUUUUUUAAUCUCUGGUUCAAAAAUUCUAUUUUGAGCCUUUAAGUAUCUCUAGAAAUAAGAUAUGGGCGAAAAGUUUGUUCUCCGUUGUUCAAUCCCAGUUAUCUCUAUCUCCUUGUUCUGACGGGACAGUUUUUUCCCAUAUGGGGAUUUAGCUCCCAAAAUGCUUCACUUCGUCAUAUCGUUACUUAUGAGGGAAGGGUGGGGAAGCUAAAAGUUUUGCCGAUGGGGUGGGUGCUUAUUUGGGGGUGGUCAAUAAUUGGACCGAUCGAUCAUUUGAGGAAAUACAGAACUGCACUGGAUAUAUAUAUAUAUAUAUAUAAAUGAUGCACUCUCCUGCUUUAAUUUUGUUAUAGUUGUUAAAGAAGAUACCAGCCCAAACAAGGAAGAUGAGCUAAGGUACUUAAUUAAAUCAACACUCUUUUCCUCUACAACCUGUUAAUUUACUAUGUUUAUCUAUUGGUCGCCACUUGCCUCGUCCCUAGGCCUCAUUGUUCCGCGCGGCCAAUGCGUUUUGGGUCACGUGGUCCAAGCGAGUUAUGCAUUGACCGAGAAGGCUUGGAAAUAUGUCUUACAGGGACCAGGCAAAGUCGCAUCUGAAAGCAUAUGAAUUUUUUUAUUAGAACACAAGGCCUGGUGUCCAGUGCUGAGGAUCUUGGAGUAACCCGGGAUACAGAUGAAGGAAAGUCUACAGAGCAGACUGAAGCUUCCCCUGCCUUGGACAGAGCUGCUUUGUACAGGUAGAAAUGACCGGGAAGCCAGAAUGGUUAUUUCAAAUAUCGAAAUAGUAAUAUCGUGUUCUGAUUAAGUAGUUUAAUAAGACAAUGGCAAAGUUAACCUUCCCGUUCCUCGUUUCCUUAAAAAAGGCAAGCAUCCGUUCGUGAAAAAUGUUUUCGUGUGAUAGAAGUCAGUUACCGCAGAGUAGUAUGUUUGUUUACCCGUUUCACUUCUAGCUAGUUAUUUUGGAAAUGCAAGGUCGAGAGCCAGAGUUUCACUGCAAUAGAACGCGUAGACGAUCGAAUGAGCCAAUCAGAUCUCACAGAAAACACGUGGCGGGAAAACGCCUGUGCGCAAGUGACGAUUGCUUUCAGUUUUGAUUCUCAUUGGUUGGGAAGGUAGUGUCAGAUUUCUUAGCCAAUCAGAAUGCAAAGCAGGUCAAAAUCAAAGUAAAAAGAAAGCUUGUUUUCUGUUUUGUCAUCAGGUGCGAGGCUCAACCAAGUGAUAGCUCAGCACCUUUAGCGACAAAUGAUAGUGAUGAUGACAUUUCAGAUGACGAAACCACUCCAGACAAAUGUGAGGAAGCUUUCUCUAGGUGAGAUGGGCUGAAGAACAGCUCUGUUCUUCCUCUGUAUUUUAUUGGCACUGACUUCUACACUUCUGUGUCGUAAUACUCCUUUUUGCAGUCUUUUAAGAAAAAAAUUUGGAAUGUUGUAGGGUGUAAAGUUAAAUUUCAACUUUCUGCAGCAUAUUAACUAAUUCCAAACUUCUGUUAACACUGCAAAUAAACCUGCACCGUGAGCUUAGAAACUUGUAGCUUGUAGAGAAGAAAAAUCUAACUCGUUUAAGGGAUGCUAAAUACUUUGUAAUAACUCUUUUUAGACUGACAGACGAAGGAACAAGAGGAGAAGGAUCUCCGGGCAGUGAGGUACUGGUAAGUUGUGUGUUGAGUGUGGUCCAUUUUGUGUAUUAUCGCCAAUUACGCGUCUUUACUCGCUAUGGAACCUAAAGUUAACGAAGAAUUUACUUGUGACUGACAAAAGGACAGCCUGGUUAUAAGCAAGUUUACCCCCCAAUCAUUAUAUUGAAGCUACAAACAACAGAGGGUUGUUUUUACCUUUCAUUUCCUUGCAAGAACAUAACUACACAGUGGAGUACAUUGUGUUCGAUCUGGCUUACACCACCAAGUUGUUUUGUUGUGUUGACUUAGGCCUAACAGAGGGUCUUUCGUUGUUUUCGUAUGCAGCCCCUGAAUAAUGUUCACGAGGCCAAAAUGACAAGUUCAAAGCUGGAUAAUGGACCUGUGGAAUUUACUACGGACAAGGCACAACAAGGAUCAUCAAAGAAGAGUAAAACGGAUCAAGACGCACCGCGGUAAAUCAUUAAGUCCAUUGGAAGCGUUUAUUACCUAUUUUUCGUCGCUUGUAGAUGGUCUUAUCCAAGGGUACUUUGCCUACGGCUAGUAGUAUAUAAGGAAUGUUUUGCUCCUUUUUCGCGAAUAAAUCGUUUACUUAGCAGAAGAAUACAUCACUGCCGAGGAUGUCAUAGCGUUUUGUCUUUGUCUCUUGACUAAAAUUCUUGGAAUCUCAUUUUCGGUGGUUUUACCGGUUGAACGAGUUAUUUUGUUAUUUUUACGUCGUUGAAUGUCUUGGUCCAUGACUGGUUCAAUAAAAACUAAGAAAAGUGUUUAUUUAUGGAUUCAUGUUGUCGAUGAAAUCAAGGCGCUUGUGGCGGUGAUGAGAUAAAGACAAAAGGCCACAACUUCAUCGGCGUUAAUGUAUUUCUCCGCAAAGUAACAAGAUUCCUCGGCAAAAAAGGUGUAUAACAUCCCUGCUAUACUACUUUGAGAUGAUGCGAAUUCGCUUAACCUCUAUUAAGCGUUCACUUACCAAACAUCCAAAAAUCGUGUUUUGUAAUUACUGUUAACCUGACCUCUAGUUAAGCUUUUGCAGUCACUAACCUUUCCCUGAGCAUUAUUGAAUUAUUUUUUAAUGUCCUCACCAGCAGCUGAUCACUGAAUAAACCUAUAUAAGCCAUACGUUGACUAGAAGCUUCGACCUGUGUUUGACUUUUAAUACCUAAGAAACAUCCGAGCCUGUUACAAAAUCUUUGGUUCUUUUGUGCGAGUUUUAAAUGUAUUUAAGUGAAAUGUUAUAAAUUAUUGCAGCGAGUAACUUGUUGUUUCUUAUCAGUGUGAUUUUGUGUUUCAGAUCGCCUCUAAAAGAGUUGGAGUCACAAACAAAUCUAGUGAAUGGCCCAGGAUAGCUUGAAAAAAGAGAAUUAGUGGCUUGAUCACUGUUUGUAACCUUGAUAAUUUUGUAUGUUUAUAGAUGACGGACUGUGUAAAAUAUUUUAAUGAUGGCUUGGACUGCACUGUGAGUCCAGCCAUGUGGUUUAAUAGGAACCAUGAUAUGCUGUAUUCUAGAACGUCUUUGUACAUGCGAAGAUUUCUUAAAAGUCACUUCAUUUGACCAAAGGAUAGGGAACUUAGAGUCAAAUUUUUAAUGUUAUGAUAUAGAAAUCAAGGGAGGAUUGCCUUCUUUGUAAAGAUGAAUUGUUUGCUUACUUACUCGUUCAAAAGAUGAACUAUCUGAUGUUUACUGCGCUCCUGAAGUGAUCAUAUUAUUUUGUCUUUUCAUUAUCCUGGACAGAAAGCAGGUCGAGAUAAGAGUUGGGAAAAAUAAAAUAAUCAACGAGGACAGCGAAUGUGGUAUAAUUAUUAUCAGCGCUACUUUGACCGAUGUGGUGGCUUACAAGAACACUCCCGCUAAAGGGUACAUUUAGCGUAAAAAAACUCUUUCUCGACAAUUGUUUUUACAUCUUUCA